GCAACCGGUGCGCGCGUCAUGUGGCGCAUCUUAAAGCAGGGCGCGCUGCUUGAUCUCUAUGUUUUAAACAAGGAUGAGGUCAAACGCGGUGCUUUGUGUGGUGCGAAGCAAACUGCGUGUCACAUUGUGGGAGAGAGAGUGUGAGUACAGCUGAGGGAGGAAGAGAGGAAGCGUGUCUGCUGUGGGCUCUGCUUUUUACGGAUGACUGGAUGUCGCUGUCUUUACGCACCGACUUGCUUUGUCUCUGCUCGGAUUCAAUUUAUUUCCUGAAGUUACUGAGUCCUAAAUGAGGGCUUCACUCAAACGAAUCAGAUUAUUAGAAUUAAUAGUUUUAGGACGGAGCUGGACUUUAUAAUUGAUUCUUUUUUUCUGUGGGUGUGGGGUUUUUUCACGCGGAGGAGAAACAAUCUGACUGAUCUGGGCGUUUCAGCAGAGAAAGUUCGGAGCUGCAGGAUGGACGUACCUGUCCUCUUUUUCCUCAUCCACCUGACCCAGACUCAGAUUAAAGGCUUGGUGGCCAACCCUGUGAAGGAAGGGACGAGAUGCCCCCUUGGCCAGUUUCCAUGUGGCAACAUGAGUGAAUGCCUCCCUCAAGUUCUGCAGUGUAACGGGCACAGAGACUGCCCCAAUGGAGCAGACGAGAGGCUUUGUGGGGACAAUGUUGGUUUGGCAGACUUCAUUGGAGGAACCCUUCAGAACAAACCUGUAAUUCCUCCUGUUUUAAUCGAGUGUUACUUGGAGGAGUACCCAGAAAUGUGUGACUGCAUACAAACAGAUGUUGAUUGUGUGGAAGUUGACCUCGAGGAUGUCCCCCUGGUUUCUCCAAAUGUAACAUGGCUGUCUCUAAAGAGCAACAGGAUCAGAGUUCUGUCCGACUUUGUUUUCUCUGAAUACACUGCACUAGAGAGACUAUUCCUGCAAAAUAACACCCUUCAUUCCAUAUCAAAGCACGCCUUCCGUGGACUGUACAGUCUUAAAAAGUUGUUUCUGAGUGACAACUUGAUAUCCACCCUCAGUCCAGAUGUGUUUAGAGAUCUGAAUCAUUUAGAGUGGCUGAUAUUGGACCAUAACCCGGUUAACAGCUUGACCCAUGAGACCUUCUUUGGACUCCGUUCUCUAGUAUUUCUAUCGAUGGUGCGCACUUCGCUGCAGCAGCUCCCUCAUCCCAGCUUCUGUCAACACAUGCCUGCCCUGGACUGGCUAGAUCUUGAGGGAAACCAGAUUCAUACUCUUAACUAUUCCAUCCUGAAGACAUGCAGCAGACUUGAAGUCCUAUUACUCAUGGACAACAAGAUCACAAGAGUCCCUGAAAACACCUUCCAGUCUCUAUGGAAGCUUGCUGAACUAAACCUUUCUGGAAACAGGAUCAAUGAACUGCCAAAAAACACAUUCAAGAGCCUCUCCAAGUCCCUCCUGAAACUAAAUAUAUCCUACAAUCCCCUUCUCCGCAUUCAUCCAAGCCACUUCAAUAGCCUGACACAGCUUCAGUCUCUGGCUGUGGAGGGCAUUGAAAUCCCAGAUAUUCAGACAAAAAUGUUCCUUCCCAUGAAGAACCUCUCCCACAUCUAUUUUAAGAAGUUCCAGUACUGCUCCUAUGCCCCACACGUGAGGUCCUGCAAACCCAACACAGAUGGCAUCUCUUCCUUUGAGGACCUGUUGGCGAACAUGGUGCUGCGAGUUUCUGUUUGGGUCAUGGCUUUCAUUACCUGCUUUGGUAAUCUCUUAGUCAUCGGCAUGAGAUCAUUGAUCCGUGCAGAGAACAACCUGCAUGCCGCCUGCAUCAAAGUCCUCUGCUGUGCAGACUGCCUUAUGGGGGUGUACCUGUUUUUCGUCGGAGUUUUUGAUGUGAAGUUUCGAGGGCAGUACAAUCGAAACGCCCUGCUAUGGAUGGAGAGUGUGGAGUGUCGCACCAUCGGCUUUCUAGCCAUGUUGUCCUCAGAGGUGUCUGUGCUUCUCCUGACAUACUUGACUCUAGAGAAGUUCCUGGUUAUUGUGUUCCCCUUCAGCAAUGUGCGACCUGGCAAACUCCAGACAGGGGUGAUCCUGUCUUCUAUCUGGCUGAUGGGCUUCAUCAUUGCCGCUGUGCCGCUUAUGAACGAAGACAUCUUUGGCAAUUACUACGGUCGGAACGGGGUCUGCUUCCCCCUCCACUCUGACAGGCAAGAGAAACCUACAGCCAAAGGAUAUUCCACCGGGAUUUUUCUGGGUCUCAAUCUGGUGGCGUUCCUUGUGAUCGUCUUCUCCUACACCAGCAUGUUCUAUUCCAUCUACAAAACUGGCAUCAAUGCAUCUGACCUGAGGAGCAGACUGCACAGAGAUGUAGCAGUGGCCAACAGAUUUUUCUUUAUAGUGUUCUCUGACGCCCUCUGCUGGAUUCCAAUAUUCUUAGUGAAGAUUCUCUCACUGCUGGAGAUGGAGAUACCAGACACCAUCUCCAGUUGGGUCGUCAUUUUCAUCCUUCCAAUCAACAGUGCCUUGAACCCCAUUCUGUACACCCUGACAACCAGCUUCUUCAGAGAGCAGGUGGAGCUCUUGCUCUGCCGUUGGCAAAGAAGACACCCCCUUAAGAAGGACCGCAAAAGCCUCACUUCCUCAACCAUCUUUGUGGAGACGGCGCGGUCGCAGGGCUGCCAGUCGCCUGCCUACCUCCAGCAGCUGUCGCUGGUCGAAGCAGACCCUCGCUAUGCCUGAGAAGACUUGUUAUUAAACUGUGCCAUUUUUUUUUUUGAAUAAACUACGGGUCAUUGGCCAAUUUUAUCGCCACAUUUUGAAGCUCUCACAUGACGACAGCACUGUUUUGAACUCUCUGAGGAGGAAAAGAUGUUAGUCACCAUGCUGUUUCACCAAACUCUGUCAUCUUUUUUUUUUUAUCUCUUAUGUAUUUUGUCAUUUGUACAUAAAUAGCAGCACCUUCAGCUCACUAUAAAAAUGUCUUACUCAGAACCUCCUUAACAUGGGCAUAAGGAGCCAAGGCUUAACACCACCAAUGUUGCAUCUUGGAGGAGUUUCUGUUAUUUAAGCUUUGACAAUGUUUCCCAUGAAAAGGUUAAUGCAGUCGAUAACAUCCCGCAAUUGGAUUCCUCAUGUUACUUCAGUGUCGUCUGAUUGUAUUUAACGGGAGAUGUGGAACCAUAUUUGUUUUUUAUCUCGCAGUCGUAUACACUGUUCUCCAUUAAUAGACUAACCAACUGUUAAACACCUAUUGGGGAGCUUAAGGAAAUAUAAAAAAAACACAGAACAAAGACUUAUCACCUGUUUUUUUGUAAUUACAGUGUUACCAAACAACUUUUUCUUACCUACACAUUUUCUCUUCACAGAACUAAUGCAUACAUGAAAAAGCCAAAACCCAUUUUUGGGUAAACCGAUGAAAGAAUUUGACUUUCUACUUUAUGUAGCUCUGCAGUAAUUGAUGUUGUUCUAUGUGUUCUUGGGUUUACAUAUCUUUUAAGAGUUCAUGAUUAAACAGGGGUUUCUCAGUAGAUUAAAAGAGCAAAAUUGUUCAAAAUGUUUCAGGAAUUCAUUUCAAAAAUGAGACUCACAUUAUGUAAGUUAUUGUUGAUGAUCAUAACUUUACAGCUAAUCAAAACCCAUGUUCAUUUUUUCUAGAAUUGAGAAUGUAAUAUGUAAAGUAUGUAGUUGUAGCUUUUGGACGUACUGUAUGGUAUAUGCACUUUAUACUUGAUUGGGUCUUCUUUUGCAAGACUGUCAGCAUCCAUAUUUAGCAUAGGAUGAUCUGCGUGUGGCUCUGCUGAGGUGAAAUGGGAGACCAUUUUGGCUCCAUAAAGGCCCUCAUGUCUUCUGCAUUUUUGUUGAGAGCAUCUUUUAUCUUUUUCUUGAAAAUAUCCGCCAAAGUUUUCAGCUUAAGAGAGUUUGCUGCUUUAUCAUUCAGUGAUUCCAUGUAUAGAAGGCACUGAUACCUUUGGCAGAAUCAUAAAUAAGAAUCAGAAUUAUCAUAAAGGUUGACAGCAGAUGGAAAGAUGUGGUGCUGUGCUUAUUGCACCAAAGGAAAUGGCAUGCAGUUAUAUAGCUCUUUUUCAAGUCAGAGGAGUUGACUAAAGGACUUUACACUACAUUUAGUCUUUUACGCACACACUCACACACAGGUUGGUGGCAAGCUACAUUGCCACAGCUGCCCUGGUGCUCACUAACAGAAGCGACGCUGCAAUAAAACUUGUGCUACCAGUCUCUCCAACCACCAUCAGUAAGCAAUGCAGGUGAAGAGUCUUGCCCAAGGACACAAUGACACUGAAAGUAGGGCUUGAAUAGACAAUCCUAACAUUGCAGAGCAAAUUCCUUCAUCCGACAGUGGAGUCGGAUGAAGGAGUCUAGCCUAAUUAUCCCUGCCUGAGGAAACUGGACACUUUUAUUCUGUCUCUUCCCACACCACCUCAAGAUUAUGGGACUUUAAAAUUCAGAAAAAAAUAGUUUGAUCUGAAAAUAUACAGAAGUCUGGAUCACUCAGCCAUGUUCUAGUGCUUUUUCUUCUUAAGUCAGGUUAGACGGUUCUGAAAUUUUUUUUUCCACACUUCACAAUUUAGCAAUGGUCUCUUGAGUCAGUUUAUCCCAGUUUCCUAAAAAAAAUUUCUUCCACUGAACUUUCCGUUAAUAUGCUUUAUUUAAUAUGACCUUUUGUAGCUUACCUUCCCUGUGGACGGUGUCUUUAACUGCUGAACAACUUGGGAGGCAGGAAUCUUCCCUGGUGUUUGCUUAGGGCAUAAUGUACCGUCUCUGUAUUUAAAAGCUUCCUUAAAGUAGUUUUUAAUAAUAGUCUAAUUUUUUUGAGAAACAGCUUAAGAUUUUAAUUAGCUGAAAGCUAUGAUUAUUGAAAUUUUUAGAAAUUGAUACCUAAA